AUGCUCGUUUCUGAUAAAGAAAACGUUUGAUUCGAAUUUAUAAAAAAAGCGAUGAGUAAUUGGUUGUAGACGUAGACUUGUCAUGAUGAAAAAAUGUUUUGUUUUUUCUAAUAAAACUUGAGGUCAAAAACUCGAUUUUCAGAGAACGCGGUACGACAACGUGGCCAAGGCUCUCGGAGCUUGGGGAAGUACAAUCGAGGCCGAAAACUCGUCGCAAAUCAAGGAAAUUAUGCACGAGGCCUUGGAGAAAAGUCGCGAGAAACAGUCGGCUCUCAUCAAUGUUCUCAUUGGCAAAACGGAUUUCCGUGAAGGAUCCAUUUCUGUUUGAAUUACUCAAUUAUAUUGCAUUUCUAUCUUUUUUGUUGACUUUUAGGGAAACAGGUUCGCUAGUAUUAUCUGCUUCUUCGAAACAAGGGACCCUAUUUUGGAUUCGGUGACCCUUUUUCUCAAAAAUUACGUAUUUCUCAUUUUUCAACUCGCUCAGCUCUGUUUGUGCCUCAAUCGUUUUGCCAAAUGCAACGAAUGAAUUUUUUUUUGUUGUUAUUUGCAUUCCUGUUUCAAUAUUUUUCACUUAUCUAAUCAUCUAACUUCCUAGUUGAAACUGUGUUACACGUUAGUCUUGCCGAUUUGUUUUUAUGUUUUUUUAAUGAAUUUUUUUCUAUUUUUUUAUUUUUUUAUUAGAUUGCAUUUUGAGUUCGAAUUUCACCGUUUGAAAAAUUUUUUUCAAAGUAGGAAAAGUAUCAAAAAUUGAGAAAAAAAAAUCCCGAAAAAAAUCUACAAGUGAGAAAAAAAUUUUUUUCUUAUUUCGUAGUUUCAUUCAUAUUUUUUUGUCUUUUGAAUUUUUCAAAUUUCUAUUUCACUCGGAUACAUAUAGCGUGAGAGUUUCAGAUAUUCUUUUUCAAAAAAAAAAUUGGAUUUCGUUCUCGAAAAAUGAUAAAAAUUAAAGACCAAAAAAAGGUGGGAAAAUGUUUUUUUAUAAGCUUUAUCAGGAAAAAAAAAAUGAGAUCUCGACGAAAUCGAAAAAAGGCGUCUUUUGUUGAAGAGCUGUUUAGUACCCUCUAGUGAACACUCUACAUGAUACAAUUUCAGUGCUCAAAAAUCUUUCCGAACGCGUCAUUCAGAAGGUUUCAAGCCUUUUCGGAUCUCGUGAUAACGAAUCACCAGGAGAAGGAAUCGGGAGACCAUCAACAAGUGGUGGAGGACCUUACGUGGGUCUCUCGAAAGGCCUCGGGGACUUUGCCCAAGUUGAUACGCACUGCGGCCGCGGGUACGACACGCAUUCCCGAAAGGAACGCGAUUUGUUUCGCCGAUUUUCAGGAAAACGCGAAAUGUUCCCACCCGCGCGGCAGGCGUCAGAGUCGCCCCUGGCAGCGAGGAGCGCGGAUUGCGAGAGGCCUGA